AUGACGUCAAUUUUUCUACCUCUUGUAGAUACAAUGAUAACGCAUUAUUGGCGAAAUUUAAAAUAUCCCGUGAUAACGUCAAUCAAACGUUAUUUGUGCACGACUAAAACAAAUGCAUUUGUGGAAGAGGCAUCUGUUAGUCAAAGUGCAAAAGUACUCACUGAUGGUGCAUUCAGACGAAAAACGAUCUAUGGUUCGACUGUUGAGAGUACGUACGCUGGUGCUCUGUCAUUUUUACGUCGAAAUUAUACCAGAAAUUUGGAGAAUGUGGAGAUCGCAGUCACUGGGAUACCAUUAGAUCUUGCAACCACAUUUCGCCCGGGAACUCGAUUUGGUCCAGCAGGUAUUCGACAAGCAUCAUGUCAGUUGGCUGAACUGAAAUCAUAUCCUGAUGGAAUCGAUCUGUUUGAAGAUUUAGCUGUUAUUGAUUAUGGCGAUUGUUAUUUCGACCCAUCUUUUCCGCAUACAGUACCGGAGGCCAUUGAGAAUCAUGCGUGGGAAAUAAUUAAACACAACGUUAAACAAGUUCUUGAUUGUAUAUUUAUGUUAGGUGGUGAUCAUUAUGGAACCUAUCCGUUACUCAAAGCUCAUGUCAAACAUCACAAACGACCUCUUGCUUUAGUUCAAUUCGAUGCACAUUGUGAUACAUGGAAAGACACAAAAGGUCUUAAUCAUGGCACAAUGUUUUAUCAUGCUAUUAAGGAAAAUCUCAUUGAUCCUGAACAUUCGAUUCAAGUAGGAAUUAGAACCUUUAAUGAUGAUUUUAUGGGAGUAAAAAUACUUGAUGCUGAUUUUGUGCACAGUAAUGGUCCUGCAAAAGUUGCGGAAGAGAUUUUAGAGCGUGUGGGAAAUCAUAAAUGUUAUUUGACGUUUGAUAUCGACUGUCUCGAUCCUGCUUUUGCGCCCGGUACUGGAACACCGGUUUCUGGUGGUCUUUCAACAUAUCAAGCUUUGUCUAUAUUACGCCAAAUUAGAAAAUUAGCGUUUGUUGGCGGAGAUAUUGUUGAAGUUUCACCUCCCUAUGAUAAUUCCAGUAUAACAUCGUUAGCAGCAGCAACAAUCGGUUAUAAUUUUUUGUGUUUGUUGAGAAAUAAAAAGAUUUUAGAUAAAACAUUUAAUUUUGGUAAUAGAUUGAAGAAAGAUGUUUAA